GACACGGCGCUGGCACUCUUCCCGCGCGGGGCGGGGGGCAGCCCGCCGGAGCCGCUGCCGCAGGAGCUGGGCUGCGCCUGCUGCGGCAGCGACGGUGGCGCCCGUCGCCUCCUCGCCGUGACCGCGCGGGCCUACGUCCAGUUCGCCCUGCGCCUCGACGUGGAGGCACUGCGUCCCUGCUUCGCCAAGGUCGUCAGCUGGGCGCGGGGACCACAGGAGAGGGUGCUGCUGAGGCAGGCCGACCGCAAGGCGCUCAAGAGCGCCGCGCCGGACGUGCCCGGCGACGCGGACGACGCGUGCCGAGCGCUGGCGCUCUUCUCCGUCAUGGACGCGCUUGUCGCGGAGGUCGCAGAGUUGGCGGAAGACAUGCUGCUGCCCCUCACGUACAAGGACCUCGCGUCCUGCCUGGGUGCCUCGCGGCUGUGUGCGCAGCGGCUGGCGGCGCAGAACAAGCCGACUGGGGCAAAGCGCAAGGCGGGCGGAGCUUCCGCUCAGAAGGUGUUGCAGGGCCACACGUGGUGGUGGUUCGAGGUGUCGACCGCGGCGCUGGGAUUCCUCGGGGCGGCCGUCGCUCCCGCGGGCGAGCGCUCCGAGACCUCCAAGGCCGUGGCCGAGGCCAUCAGCGAGCUCAGGGAGCCGUGCUGCAACAUGCUCGACGUUUUCGCGCUGCUGCCCGCGCUGGAGGAGAGACCCCUGCGUCGCAGCAGCUCCUGCGGGCCUUGCAGGCGGCGCUGGUGUCCCUUGCGGCAGCCUCGGACGGCGACGGCGUGA